GCCGCCCCGCAGCGGGACGCCGCGGUCCCCAGAGGGGUGUCUAGUUCUGGGCGGUUUCCACCGAGACGCCCCCGAAGAGCGGCGGCCGGGCCGCUGCAGCCAUGGCCCCUCAACCCCGCCCGGUCCCGGUCCCGGUCCCCGCCCGCCGCCGCGCCUGCGCCCUGUGCCGGAGCGCUCCGCCCGCCCGCCCGGCGGGGCGCAGGCCGCGGCCCGCGCCGGCAGGAUGCUGAACGUCCCGCCGCAGGCCUUCCCCGCGCCCGCCUCACAGCAGCGAGUGGCCGCGGACAGCCGCGCCAAGGUACCUUUAAAACCAGGAAGGAGUCUUAUGGAUUGGAUUCGACUAACUAAAAGUGGGAAGGACUUGACUGGUUUAAAAGGGAGGCUAAUUGAAGUAACCGAAGAUGAACUUGCUAAGCACAACAAAAAGGAGGACUGCUGGAUAUGCAUAAGAGGAUUUGUAUAUAAUGUCACACCAUACAUGGAAUAUCAUCCCGGUGGUGAGGAUGAGCUAAUGAAAGCAGCAGGAAGUGAUGGUACAGAUCUCUUUGAUCAGGUUCAUCGUUGGGUCAAUUAUGAAUCGAUGUUGAAAGAAUGUCUUGUUGGGAGAAUGGCUGUCAAGCCUAUCGCUGCUCCAAAAGAGAUUUCUUCUACUCUAUCUGAGGAGAAGAAACAGCUAAAUGGUAUGCUUCCUGAGAAGAAAGUACUGGGUGCUUCUGCUAAAGGUUUAACUCCAAGUUAUGACUGGUUCCAAACAGAUAGUUUGAUCACCGUUGUCAUAUAUACUAAGCAGAAGGAUGUGAAUGCGGAGCUGGUGAUAGUUGACUGUCAAGACAAACAAUUAAGGGGGGAGAUCAUCAUGGAUGACCACUCGUAUCUUGUAGAAGUUGACUUGGAUCAUGCAGUUCAAGAAGACUUGGCUGUGAAUAUUGCUGAAAAAGUUGGGAAAGUAGAGAUUAUCUUAAAGAAAAAGGAUAACAUUCAUUGGAAAAUGCUGGGAAGGCCCUUGGAGAGUCAUAAUACAUUAAUCAAGCGCACGGGCAGAGGUCUGUUCUACAGAAAAUGUAAGUUGGUUUCUAAGACGGAAGUUACCCAUGACACCAAGCUCUUCUGCUUAAUGUUGCCUAAGAGCACACACCUCAGUGUUCCCACUGGACAACAUGUUUACCUCAAACAAAUCAUUGCAGGGACAGAGGUAGUAAAACCAUACACACCUGUAUUGCCUUUUUUGCCACUGGAUUUCAAAGAACCAUCUUGCCAUGGUGGUGCACAUGUAUAUUUAAUGAUUAAAAUUUACUCCUGUGGACUGUUCACACAGGCACUUGACCACUUACAAAUUGGAGACUAUAUUUCUGUCAGCAGUCCUGAAGGUAACUUCAAGAAGUCACAGGUUCAAACUUCAGAAGAUCUCUUUUUGUUGGCAGCAGGCACAGGCUUCACACCAAUGGUUAAACUGCUGAAUUUCGCUCUGACUGAAGUUAGUUGCCUCCGGACAGUGAAGCUGAUCUUCUUCAACAAAACAGAGGAUGACAUACUUUGGAGAAGCCAACUAGAGCAAUUAGCUCUUAAAGAUGAAAGGUUUGAGGUUCAAUUUGUUCUUUCACAACCAACAAAGGACUGGGUGGGUAAACACGGGAAGAUUUCUUCAUCUCUUCUCUGUGAGUUUGUGAAAAGAAGUAGAAAAGACUCCAAGGUGCUUAUCUGCAUCUGUGGUCCAACACCUUUUACAGAACAAGGAGUACAAUAUCUGAAGGAUCUUGGAUACUCCCAGGAAGAGAUACACGCUUUUAGUGCAUAAACCCAUAUGAGGAUAUCAAUGUUUGUUUGUAUAAUUCAAUCUUAUUUAUUUAUCUUCAUGACUUCAAGUGAGAAGCAAUUUUGUAAGACUUGAAAUUUCACUCUUGGUACCAAACUGUUUCUUGGAAGAAAUAUCUCUUUGAAAAAAAUUUUGUACUGUGUUUUAUCUUGGUUUUGUAAAUAUUUUUCCUAAUUCAGGGUAUUAAUUUAUUGUAGAGGCAAGCAAAAAUGCAUAGUAUACAUUAUGUGAAGUAUUUCAUGUUGUUGGUUCAUGAGAAUGCUUAAAAUUAUGGUAAGCACUGAUUUAAAUUUUGACUCAAAGCUUCUUAUUUCUUAUUGUAGAGAGUCUUAAGAGCGAUACUGUCCGAAGUUAAUAUUGCACUGUAACUCAGGUAACCAGUCCUUGAAAAAUGUUCUUUUUCAUCUGAAAUCUUUAUUUGACUUGCAAGUGAUGCAGAUACAUUUUUGGCUUUGUAAACAAAGAAUUGAAGUACCUUUGGUAAAAUAUAAAAGUUUACAUCAAAUAAUAAAAAAAUACCAAUUUUACAUUACUUUAUGCAUUUUUGUAACUUUUUUUUUGUAUUUUCUAUUUAUAAUGUCACGCAGAAAGGUUUGCACAAACUUAGAGAACUCAGAACAGAGGCUCAGAGUCUUGGUCUCAAUAACAAUAUAAAACAAACUUUCAAUUAACAAUAAUGAACAAAACUUACUGUGUGACCUCACUGGUACCGGACAUCCCUUGUCAUGAACCAUUCUGAGGUUAAAACCAUGACAGCGUAUGGCCUGCAGAUACCAGGGUAAGGACCAUAGAAGUAACUAAAAAUAUUUGGCAGGUUGCAGUAAUAUUAAAUGAGGCUAUUUGAGUCAGUGGGGUUUUUUUACUCCAGUACUAAAAGCAUGUUCUCAUGAGGCAGUAAUCUGCUGUCUAAGAAUAGCUUGGAGAAAAAAGCAGCAAAGCGGCUACCCCCCUUCUAGAUGUUGUCAGUAACAUCUGUAGGCGUUGUUGCGUAUGACAUCUAGUACUAUUUGCAUCCUUCUGUUGUGGUAAACGGGUAUUUCUUCCUCCUAAGAAGCCAGACUUGUGGUUGUAUCGUUACUGCUUCAGCAUUCAUGAAAAAUGUUUUAAUAAUACCCUUUAAAAAGGUUAAAUUGCUAUCUGACAGUGACUGGCUAUGCUAAACAGAGCUGUCGUCCCAUCAGUGCCCUCUCAUUUAUUAGACUUGAAGUUAGAAAAUGAUCUGGUUGUCAGUCAUUGCCCCUAGGUUACAAGUUAUUUCAGAAGAGACAGUGGUAGUGUCAUCAUCUUGUCAUCUAGAAGGAUCUAAAUGUUUUCAGUUAUAAUUUUGCAAUGCAUUAUUUUUGGAGAUUUGUACUAAAAAGCUCUGAACAGGUUUCUCUUCUGCUGGAAGAGAAAAACAAAGCAGUCACUGAGUUUUAUUGGUUUUUUUUCCUGUCCCAAAUGCAAGAUUACUGUGGUGACUUAAAAAAAUUACAUUUUAGUGUUAAUGACUAAACCUUACAUCUCCCAUAGGAUACUGAGGAAUUCCUCGUGUUCCUGUCACCCAGGAUCUGAUGGGAUGGUUUCCAGUGUAAAAGAAUUUAAUAAUUGCCUCGCUGUGAGGCUUUUUGCCUUUAACAGGUUACUUUGCCAAUAUCCUGCCCUUGGUGCUUUGAUUGUUCUUAUUUGCCUUUAUCCAAAAGGAUGAAAUAAAGUGCUUUGGGUAAGUAGCUGUUGUGACAUGGUACAUCAAUGACUUUAUCCUUUGCCAUAGGGCACAGGCCAUAUUUGUCAAUGGAUGAUGACUUCUCGAAGGCUUCAUGCAGUCCAGGUGGUGACCACGGACAUGGAGCUUCUUCAGAGUAGGUCUAGAAGCUCGUGCAGUUAAUGCGCAUCCCCUUUGGUUUCUGAAAGUUUAUUUUCAGUCUGGUUACUACUGGUAAUUGCUGUUUAUAGUUGCAGCUUGAAGAAAGUUGUGCUGUUGGAGACUUUAGGGCUGUCAUCCUGAAGCAAGGCAGACCCUGGAGCAAUUGGUUAUGUUCAGUGUCGUAAGGUGUGUGGAUCUUAAAUACAUAAAAGGUGAAGCAAGGAAAGCAACCAAAUUGGUAGCUGCCCUUGCAAGUCCAACAAGAGACUGAGUGCAGAGGUGUUCUGCUGUGGUGGUUCUUCUAGGUCAGAUCUUCAUGGGGUUGGAGUAAACUUCUUGGGUCUUGGGCUGUGUCUGUCCACAGGGGAAAGAGGAGUUUGUUUCCAGGGUUUGUUGAAACGGUAUUGUUCCUGGAAAUCUGGCUUAGUAAAGGGGAGAGGUUGGAGAUUCCUGCACGAGAUUAUCCAUGAAUCAAUGUGAAGUUAUCAUUUGGACCAGUGCACUGCAGGGAUCCCAUUGCACUGGGGGCGAGAGGGCAGCUGAUGAUCCUGGGGUGCAACAAGUUGAGCAUGAAAUAGUGAGCGAGUGUUUCUGCUUUCUUUGGUAUGAUCGAAUAGACUUGUCAAAUUGUCUGUUUUAAGUAAUAAAGAACUAGUAUUCCUAUGCAGAGCUUCAUCCUUUGGUUUUUUGACUGUGACAAAUUAUAAUCAAUUAGUGUGGAAUUUAUUAUCUUUUUUGUUGUUGUUGAAAUGGAGGUUUUCCAAUGUAUCUGCACUCCGGUUGUGUUGUGGUGGCAUCUAGUUCUCAACAAGUACCAAGGUUUUCUUGCAGCUUCUGGCAGUUACAUUCCAUGGUUUUUUCUUACACAGGAAGAGAUCAAUACUUUCUGGAAGUUAAAAAAAACCCUCCAUACAUAUAUCCAACAUUUGUAACUGAUGUUUCCCUAGCUAGAUUUUCAGACCGUGGUAUAAGUUUUUCAGAAUUCGCACAUCUCUGGGGAUGUGACAUACUAAUUUCCUGAAAAAUGGGGGGGUGGGGUUUGUCCUGUCCUGGUACAACUUUCCGUUCUUUAGCAUUAGUUCAGUGACUUGCCUUGUUGAAAUUGAAUGGAUCUUCCCAUAAGCUUUCUGUUGGUUAAAAUGACUUUACAGUAAGUUUGUGCUCAGCAAAAUGUUGAAGCUGGACUGCAGAUUCAGAGUUAUUGGAUGGGAAGAGGAGAGAGAGAACAGGCUCUCAUGUGCUGUGCAGAGAUUGACCAGAAAAGAGCUAUGUUUCCCUGGGAAGUAAGACUAAAAGUGGAAGAUGACAUCAGAAGAAUAUUCUCCUAUUACCUGCCAACGUCAGAUAAAUACUGUCUUGAAUUGACGCUCUGUGCCAUCUCUGGAUGGUAUUUCACCAAGAAACAAACCCGUUUUGGUUUUCCAAGAGGAUAUUUGAAACACUCAUCAAAAGGCACUGGCUUAAUUACUGUGUUGUCAGGGUCAAACAGGGAACUUGUAUGGAAAACCCUUUAUGGGGAAAAAGGGACAUCUGCAGUCUCCUAGCAAUUUGCUUGGAACAUAUACUUGGAUAAACUCUUCAUGUAAUUUGUUACGUUUACAGCUAUAGACACAUAUUUUUUUGUAAUUAAAACAGUAGCUUGAAGAAGUAAACACUUGAGUACAGUAUAUUAAGUCUGCCAAGAGACUAUUCAUAAAAUAUUUAGGUUUGUCCACAUGUGAGAAACUUGAAAAAUACAGUAGUUAAUACAGUGUUUAUAUUGCAUUUUGUUGUUGAAGACACAGAUUUAAAUCCCAAUUACACAUUGCAAUGCAUUGCUAAGACUUUUAUAGCUAGCUGCUGCAUGCUGCUGAUAAUGAAAAGGGAUGAUAAAUUGUAACAAUUAUUUGCCAGCUGUAUUUUUUAAAACUCAGCUUCUUGGGUUUUUUUGCCCGUAGUAAAUGUGAGAAAGACAAUUGCUUAUAGGAAAAUCCAAUUUGCAGAUAUAUCAGUCCUAGUCCUGGAAUACUUACAUAUUCAAACACUGAUUAAAACAAGGUCAGAGAGCCAAUGUGAAGUGGCGUAGUUGAUCAGCUCUCUGCUGCUGCUAAAGGAGAUGUUUAUAUGUUCAUUAAGAGACAAUUGCUUAUAGAAAAGUGUUCUUAAUAAAACCACCCAGUAAAUACAAGGAAUUUGAAGAAUGCAGUCAUUCAUUAGCAAAAAAAAAAAAAAAAAAAACAAAAACCAAAAAACAA